AUGAAUCCAGAUGAAGAAAUAAGUCUUGAUAGUUUUUUUCAAAUGGCUGGAAUGGAUUCAUCUCAAUUAGAAGCAUUAUGUUGCCCAAUAUCAUCAACACCAGCAUGUACACCAGAUGAUGUACAUAUUUCUUUGGCUGAGAAAAAUUCUCCAUUUACGCAUCAAAUUCAAUUAACUGAUACAGAAGAAACAAUUAAUCAUAUAAAAGCACGUUAUGAAGCAGAAAUAGCAAAUUAUAAAAAAAAAUUAUCCAGUUAUCAAGAUGGUCAACAAAAACAAGCUCAGCUUAUACAAAAAUUACAAGCAAAACUUCAACCACUACAGAAACUUUAA